CAGUAGCAGCCAGAUGGAAACGUAGGCAAGUGAAUUUGGUGAGGUCAUGUAUUUUUUAAGCCGCACAACGGAAUAAAUCAUCCUCCAUCGGCGGCAGAAACAAAUAGUCCGCGGCUCCCGGAACAUUUCACCGCUGAUCGGACCGCGGGGGGAUCGAUAGUUUGAUUUGACGACAGAGAGGACAUUUUUGGAUGCACAGAAAGCAGUAAUUGAAGAUUUCGCCAUGAACAAAAACAAGAGAGAAAAGGAAUUCUACAGCCUAGAUGUUGGAGAUUCGACGUUCACAGUACUGAAGCGAUACCAGAAUCUAAGGCCCAUCGGCUCAGGAGCCCAGGGAAUCGUCUGCUCUGCUUAUGACCAAAUCCUUGAAAGAAAUGUUGCCAUCAAGAAGCUGAGUCGGCCGUUUCAAAAUCAGACCCAUGCCAAGAGGGCGUACAGAGAGCUAGUCCUAAUGAAAUGUGUCAAUCACAAAAAUAUCAUUGGCCUAUUAAAUGUUUUUACACCACAAAAAUCAUUAGAAGAAUUCCAAGAUGUAUACUUGGUGAUGGAGCUGAUGGAUGCCAACCUUUGCCAGGUCAUUCAGAUGGAGCUGGACCACGAGAGACUGUCUUAUCUGCUCUAUCAGAUGUUGUGUGGUAUCAAACACCUCCACGCUGCUGGCAUCAUUCACAGGGACCUGAAGCCCAGUAACAUAGUCGUCAAGUCAGAUUGUACGUUGAAGAUUUUGGACUUCGGCUUGGCUCGGACGGCUGCCACAGGCCUCCUGAUGACACCGUAUGUGGUUACACGCUACUACAGAGCACCCGAGGUUAUCCUGGGCAUGGGCUAUCAAGCUAACGUGGACAUAUGGUCUGUGGGCUGCAUACUGGCAGAAAUGGUUCGCCAUAAAAUCCUCUUCCCAGGAAGGGACUACAUCGACCAGUGGAACAAAGUAAUCGAGCAGCUAGGUACUCCAUCUCAGGAUUUCCUAAUGAAGCUGAAUCAGUCAGUAAGAACGUACGUAGAAAACAGGCCACGUUAUGCUGGUUACAGCUUUGAGAAACUCUUUCCAGAUGUGCUCUUCCCUGCCGACUCUGAUCACAACAAACUGAAGGCAAGCCAAGCCAGAGAUCUCUUAUCCAAGAUGUUAGUGAUUGAUGCCUCAAAGCGCAUCUCUGUAGAUGAGGCCCUGCAGCACCCCUAUAUUAAUGUUUGGUACGACCCAGCAGAAGUGGAGGCACCCCCUCCGAAGAUCCCAGACAAACAGUUGGAUGAGAGGGAGCAUACCGUGGAAGAGUGGAAAGAGCUAAUUUAUAAGGAAGUGAGUGAAUGGGAGGAGUGGACAAAAAAUGGAGUGAUAAGAGGGCAGCCACCUCCUUUAGGUGCAGCAGUGAUUGACAGCCCCCCUCAGCCCACGUCCUCCUCCUCUUCGGCCAACGAUGUCUCGUCCAUGUCCACGGAGCCCACUGAUCCGAGCAGUGACCCCACCAUGACCUCUGAAACAGACAGCAGCUUGGACAGCCAUACCUCUCUGGGUGCACUGGCCUGCUGCAGAUAACGGACACAUACGAUACACAUACACAAACACACACCUACACACAAAGCAAACACUUUCCUUCGUUGGUGUGUGUGAUGGGAAAGGGUUUAGGCCAAUGGAACGACUCAUGUUAGUUUGUAGAGCUGCGCUUUUAAUGUACAGUUUGUUUUUAUUUCCCCUCCCUCUAAACUGCUGUAAAUGAUUGUGGUUUGAAAUUGUAUCAUUAUUACUGUAUUUUUGCUGCGAAGAAUCAAGAGUAUGUUUUGAUGUGAACCUGUGAUGUAUGUUAUGAAAGAGAGGGAUUUGAGUGUACUUCACUCUUUGCUGUUUUUUUUUUUAGGUACUGCUACACAGUAGACUAUCAUACUGUUAGCACUGCAAUAUUAUGUUAAGUAUAUUUUUGAAUUGUUCGUUUGGCAUUUUUGUAUUAUUUUUGAGACAUUUGAAUGAAACUACACCAAUUCUCUCUU